CGAUUCAGUUCGUAAACUGUGGCAUCCCUUAUCUACUUUAAAUGACAUGUAUGUAACAAAAGGAAAGUGCGACAUUUACGUUAUCGUUUCGAUCUAGGAGUUUUCAAUGGAAUUGAGAGUUCUGCUGUUUGUAUGCUAUGUCGCGCUCAUCGCCGAGGCAAGUCUCAAAGAUGCUAGACAAGCGUUAGGUCUAAUAUGCUACGAGUGCCAAACAACGGACCCCACUUUUCAGGACUGCACUAGUUUAAAGAUUUGCCCAAAUGGAGAGAUAUGUCUGUAUGAAAAGAGAUCAACAAGCGUGUCAACUGAUUACACAAUGGGCUGUGCAACCCCGCAGGUGUGUAACGGUCAAGCGCUUAUCGUGGGACGGAGAGCACGUCCACCUGCUUCAGAGCAACUUGUUCAUGAGCGCGACACGACUAUUGAUUGUUGCACAACAAACUUCUGUAAUCUACCAUCCUCGACAAGCACCAUGCCUUCCACUACAAUCACCACCACUCUAACCCCAACCACACUGCCCACCUUUAUCCAAACAUGUGAUGUCUCAAAUGGUUACACUCUACUAAACGAUAAUCAAGGCAGCACCACACUUUGCGUAAAGGUUCACAGCGAGGCGAAACUGUGGGAAAAUGCCAGAACACAAUGUCGUCAGGAAGGCGGGGAUCUAGUCGUGUUAGAUUCGCCGCUGAAACUCCACCUGAUCCAAAUCGAGCUGACAAGCAUGGGACUAGACGAUGGCGUCAUGUUGUGGAUAGGUGCCCACGAAAUGCCCACGUUACUACCUUUACCUCGUCACUUCAACUGGGCAAACGGACAACCGGUUGAUAUGUCUUACGGCUGGGCACCCGGUGAACCGGAAGGUUACAAUCAGCACUGCGUCACGAUAAACCACGCGGGCGGCUACACACUGCACGACAACAUAUGUUGGUUUAUUCACAAAUUCAUAUGCCAACGUUUGUAGGGUAUCUCAAGACAUUGAAAUCUGUUUAAAUAAACUGGCAAAUAAU